AGGUGUGAGAGAGCAUCGGCAUCCAGUCAUUCUGUGUUUCCGUGUAAAUGGGAUGUUUGUGUGUGCUACAGGUAAGGGAAGCCGCCCCGCACAUGCCUGGUUAAUGGCGAGCGUUGUUCCAAUGUUGAGCCGGUACCCCGAUUGCACUUUUAUUGAUUGACGGCCUCUUUUAGUCGUGCUUGUUUGUACUUUUGAAAACUAAAAUUUAACUUUCCAUGAUUUUACCCCUUUAUAUAUAUAUAUANUGCACAUUAGAUUUGAGUUUUCAUUUCUAGUUAUAUAUAUAUAUAUAUAUAUAUAUAUAUAUAAAGUUAGUACACAUUAGAUUUGAGUUUUAAUUUCUAGUUCUGUUUGCUGUGUGUAUGUUGUUGUUUUCGUUGGAAACAUCCUAUUCCCAGAUACCGUUAUGUUCAAAGCCGUAAGCUUCUUCCAUAUGACUCAGGAAGUUAAUGUUACAAUUUUCCGUAGGAAACAGGUACCAAAUAUUACAAUCUUCUAGAGGAUAAAGUUAGCAAAUACCACCUCUGUUUUGUGUACAAUUACUAAGAUAAUACCCAAUGUUACAAAGCUAGCUGCUAGGAUUCAUUGAAUGUCUUGGAACAGUCCACCUUUUAAUGUCGUGUGCAAAGAAAUGCAAUGUGUGGUGUGGUUUAAGAAAAGAUAUUUUAUUCAACACUGAAACUCUUUGGGUUAAUUUUGAUUUUUAAUUUUAAAAAACUUUAAAAAUAAAUUGUUAUUACCAAACUCAUGUGAACACCCUUGCUGACCGCAUUUAAAGAGUAAUUUAAUAAAUAUCCCAUUGGAUUGUUAACCCUUCGAUUGCCAAACAAAUAAAAUGAGGGAAUGAGAAGUAAACAUGUCUUUUUUUUCUAUUGGCUGUCGGACACCGAGAUAAAAAUCAUGAUUGAUUAAUUCAAUUAUUUCUAUUUUUAUUUUGUCUCCGCUAUUUCACUAUAUAAUUAAAAUCCUAAUUCAUUUGCCCUGUAGCUUUGUAGCAAUUAUUCUGUAUUUUACGUCAAUUUACAUAAAAAUAAAGACAUUUUUUUAAAGUUUUAAAGUAAAAGUGCAUGAGACUUUUUGUUUUUGCCAUUUCAUGUGUAAUGUUUUGAUUAACUUCCAGACGCAAUAGCUUCGUAUAGUCAUCGUAGUUUCAUUGCCUAUAGGAUUUCAACAAGCCUUGGAUUUAUUUGAACGUUGCUCAGAGCUAAGGCCCUUGUGUCAUUGGAUGCGGAAGUUCCAAGGUGCGUGACCUUGUUUCAAGAAACCAAUCAAAAUAUCCGGAGGAGCGCCCAGAGACAGUAUGGCCGACAAGUAAGUCAUUGGAUUCUUUCUUAAGCUCAUCAAUUGUAUAUGCAUUUUUUUUACAAACUGGCCUAGUGCUGCGCGGCUAAUCAAUGGUUUAUAGCUGCGCAGCCAAUCAAUAGCUUAUAGCUGCACAGCUAUUCAGUGGUUUAUAGCUGCAUAGCUAUUCAGUGGUUUAUAGCUGCACAGCUAAUCAAGGGUUUAUAGCUGCACAGCUAAUCGAUGGUUUAUAGCUGCCCAGCCAAUCAAUAGCUUAUAGCUGCAUGGCUAUUCAGUGGUUUAUAGCUGCACAGCUAUUAAAAUUAAAUGAUAUAUAGCUGCACAGCUAUUUAAUGGUUCAUAGGCUGCACAGCCAAUCAAUGGUUCAUAGCUGCACAUCUAAUCAAUGCUUUAUAGCUGCACAGCUAAACAAUCGUUUAUAGCUUCACCAAGCUCAACUUUAAGAAUUGGAAUUUUCAUGAUCGAACUUACGUUAAGCCUCUUCUGAUAGUGUUGGAGUAAGCGUGGUAUAUAGCUACUUUAGAAAUUGUUUCUAUACAAUCCAUAUUUUCCAUGCCAAAACAAUAAUGGAAUAAAUGUGUACGAAAUCAAAAACACGCGUGACCUGCUGGUUCCAAGAGUAUGGGAUGUUUUUGCAAUUGCGAUUAGAAAGCCGAACAAGAGCAUUAGAGAGUGGCAGUAUGACGUCAGACUUGAAGGGGAGAAGUACGGGUCGGUUUCAAGUGUUGUAACAAAAGGUUAUGGUGUCGGCACCUAAGAGCCAAGAUUUAACAUGGUUUUGUUUAUAGAUAGUAAAACUUCAUUGUUCUAUUUGGUGAGUCAAUCUUGUGGCGAAAGUAGGACCCCCCCUCAAAAAAAGAAGAAAGCGCUUAUGAAAGAUGUCAUCGAAAAAGAUUCGAGGAUGAACACAUGCGGCAUGUAUUUUAAAUGAUGUAUCGGUGUAUGUAUGAUGACAUUCCGGGGUUCUUAUGUCAUAGCACUUGAGUGCAAGCCAACAUAUUGUUUCAUUUGUCCUAAAAAAUCUAGCCGCUAAGAGGGUGAUGGGUAGCCAAAAGUGGUCUAAAAAGAAACAAAAUAUUAAGUUCAUUGUCUGGAGUUGAAUCCUUACUAAAUCCCAGUCAUGGGUGGAUGGGGCUCGUCAACAUUGGACGGCAACUCAUCUUAGAGCUAAGAGAAGGAAACUCUGAAUUCAAAUCCCAGAGAUGGAGUCCCGUAGGCGGAUAACAUUGGCACAAUGAAACAUUCCGACAACUCCGCGACGCCACUGGUGCCAACCUGUAUCAUCCGCAUGAUGUUCCCAUGGCUUAUCCAGGGGCGUGGAGAGAGGCGAUUUGCUGUGUAGGGCAGCAGCUUAUAAUCUUAACAGAAUAAUCCCAUUUUCUGAAUUUUGUCCCGCGAAGUCUACACCAUCGUCACAUUGGGACGGCCAGUACACACAAAAAUAGUCUUGCCACUUAUAACAAUAAUUUAUAAAUUACUUGACUCCCGUCCCUGGAGCAAUGGGAAAUUUGUCUAACGGUCCAGCAAACUGAACAAUUAUUGGAGAAGCUUCUGCAUCACACACUUCUCUAGUGUAUGUUCUACAUCAUAUAAUCCUCUACUGCAUGUUCUACAUUACAUACUCCUCUAGUGUAUGUUCUACAUCACAUACUCCUCUACUAUAUGUUGUACAUCACAUACUCCUCUACUAUAGGUUGUACAUCACAUACUCCUCUACAAUAUGCUCUACAUCACAUACUCCUCUACUAUUAUGUUCUACAUCACAUACUCCUCUAGUGUAUGCUCUACAUCACAUACUCCUCUAGUGUAUGUUCUUCAUCACAUAAUCCUCUAUGAUAAGUUGUUCAUGACAUACACCACUGUAUGUUCUAUAUAUCACACACUGUUCUAGUCAGUGUCUGUAUAAGGAAGCUUUGCGUUAUAGGCAUGACCACAAAAUGGUGCCCCUUCAGCAUAAAUGUUAAUCAGCCAUCGAUUUUUUGCCCGUUUUCAAAGAAACCUAAAAUCUAAUAGUAUCGGAAUAAAAAUCUUUGAGAUUAUAUAUUAAGCUAGAUUCAUACUACUUAGUUAAAUUUUGUACUGACUUAAUGCUUCUCUUUGUACUGACUAAAUGCUCCUAUUUGUACUGACUAAAAUCUUCUCUUUGUUCUGACUAAAUGCGUCUCUUUGUACUGACUAAAUGCUUCUAUUUGUACUGACUAAAUCCUUCUCUUUGUUCUGACUAAAUGCUUCUUAUUUGUGCUGAAUAAAUGCUUCUUUUUGUGCUGACUAAAUUCUUCUCUUUGUGCUAACUAAAUUCUUUUCUUUGUGCUGACUAAGCGCUUCUCUUUGUGCUGACUUAAUGAUUCUCUUUGUGAUAACCAGACGAUUCUCUUGGUGCUGACUAAAUUCUUUUCUUUGUGCUGACUAAAUGCUUCUCUAUGUGCUGACUUAUUGAUUAUCUUUGUGAUGACUAAAUCUUCUCUUGGUGCUGACUAAAUUCUUUUCUUUGUGCUGACUUAAUGCUUCUCUUUGUGCUGACUAAACGCGUUUCUUUGUGCUGACUAAAUGCUUGUCUUUGUAAUGGCUAGAUGCUUCUCUCUCUCUCUGUGCUGACUCAAACACACAUGGCAUGCAAGUUAGACACAUUUACUAAAUUCACUAAAUAUGAAUUCUCCUGGCAGGUGAAUCAGGUCUAUCUUAGCCAAACGAACCUCCCCAGGCUUGGGAUAAUAAGUUUACUAUAUCCAAGCUCAAUAUAAGAUAAGAUAAGAGUAUUUAUUAAUCCAAAUACAUGGAAAUUAUUUGCGAUUACAGUGUGGAUAUUCAUUUUCAGCACAUAAAUAGAUACAUAUCUUCACCAAGACAACAUUUUACAAUUAUAACAAUUUAAACACAAGACUCCUCAAGUAUUUCUCUAGCGUAGAAACUAGAAAUCAGCCCUAAAGGAUAUGGCCAUCUUAAAUAAGCUAAUUUCUUAGCCCAUCUCCACUAGAAGAUAGUUUUGAGAUGCAGGACGCUUUUUGUGUUAGAGCUUUAACGACCGAGACACUUGUUGUUUUUUAACCUAAGGUGGUUUAACUCAGUGGUUCUCAAAGUGAGCAGUACCGGGGCGGGGGUGGGGAUAAAUUCCCAUUAGAUUAGGGGGGGUGAUGAUACUACCAAAGAGGGCGGUGCUACUACCAAAGGGAGCGCUGAUGCUACCAAAGGGAGCGGUGAUGCUACCAAAGAGGGCGGGGAUACUAACGAAUGGGGCGGUAAUACUACCAAAGGGGUUGGUGAAACUAAGGGGACGCUGAUACUGCCAAAGGGGUAGUGGUGCUAACAAAGGGCGAAGUGAUACUACCUAAGGGGGCGCUGAUACUACCUAAGGGGGCGCUGAUACUGCCAAAGGGGGUAGUGGUGCUAACAAAGGGCGCAGUGAUACUACCUAAGGGGGCGCUGAUAAUACCAAAGGGGGCGCUGAUACUACAGUGAUACUACCUAAGGGGGCGCUGAUACUGCCAAAGGGGGUAGUGGUGCUAACAAAGGGCGAAGUGAUACUACCUAAGGGGGCGCUGAUACUACCGACGGGGAUGGAGAAACUAAGGGGGCGCUGGUACUGCCAAAGGGGGUAGUGGUGCUAACAAAGGGCGCAGUGAUACUACCUAAGGGGGCGCUGAUACUGCCAAAGGGGGUAGUGGUGCUAACAAAGGGCCCAGUGAUACUACCUAAGGGGGCGCUGAUACUGCCAAAGGGGGUAGUGGUGCUAACAAAGGGCGAAGUGAUACUACCUAAGGGGGCGCUGAUACUACCAAAGGGGUUGGUGAAACUAAGGGGGCGCUGAUACUGCCAAAGGGGGUAGUGGUGCUAACAAAGGGCGCAGUGAUACUACCUAAGGGGGCGCUGAUACUACCUAAGGGGACGCUGAUACUACCAAAGAGUCGAUGUCAAUAAUAACAGAAAGCCUUUCUUUAAAAUUAUGUAAACUUCAAAAAUAUAUGUAUUUAUGUAUGUAUUUAUGUAUGUAAAUUGUUUUAUUAAGUCAUCGCGCGCUUCUCGCAUUAAAGAUGAUUUCAGUACACGGGGAACAUUAACAUAAUUUUGGAACCCGUAAGUAACACACAAGUGAUGGGAUUCUAUGCGUUUCUUAUGGCUUCUGAGUGGCGUGAAUUUAUAAGUAAAUGAUUGAUUAUCAAGCAAUGACACGUGUUGUGAUUAUGCACGACCUAAGUUUCUAGUAAGAGCAUGAUUUAUUCCCCCCCCCCCUAAAGAUCGCAAGCAAAUCAUCUCAUUUCGACCUAUCCUAGAAGGACGACGAGUCUCGGAAGAGUCGGUAGUUAGACUUGUUCCGGGAUAAGCAGUUGCUUUGAUUUUAAAAACUACGUUUUUUUAUGAGAAUAGAAAAAAAAAUGGACUUCAAGAGUAGUAUAUGUGCGUGUGUGUGUCUGUGUCUGCGUCGUGUGUGUGUGUGUGUGUUUUAUGAAAGGACAAUAGUUUGGUAUGAAAUCCCUUGCCAGACAUCCACAAAAUGUGAGCAUUUUUUGAAGCAGCUAAUAAUAUAAUCGUUUGUGUUCGUAGCCUUUAGCUUUUUAUCUUCUUCUUAAUGGUUCAACCUCUUACACUCUAUAUAAUCUGGGACUAUUCCCAAGCCUUACAAUGGAUGCUACACAAAAGCAAUCUAUAUAAUAUUCCCAACCCUAGAAACAAAGGGGACCAAUUGAAGCAGUUUCUUAGAAGGCAAAAUCCAUUGAUAUAUUUUAAAGUCAUGAUGUGUUUAGAAAUUUUUGUUUGCAUUCCGAGACUCUGUGUCACAUGAACGUUCUAUUAGCGUUUAUAUUUGUAGUACUUACAAUCAAAAUUAUAUAUUACUUUGAAGUUACCUAGAGCUGUGUUUAAGCUAGCUUACUUGGAAAGCUUUCUCGUGGAUGUGUGGGCAGCCAACAGGUGUGAGUCUGUCAGCCCCAACCCACUCCUGCCCCUUCCCCCUUUUUCAUCUCAUGAGAUCAAAUAGAAAUGAUGAAAGAUCCUAAACUCGAACAUUUCUGUAGCCAAGGAUUUGACAUGCAUCACUUCAAACGUGGCUCAGGAAGCUGGUUCCACUAAAAGUGACUCAUGGAAAUUUUGUGGCCACUAAUAUUACAUGCUAGCAUUAGUCUUUAAUUAUUUAUAAUACUAAUUUAAAUUAUUGAUCAUACUACCUUGGACAAGACCAAUAAGAUCAUAUCGAGAAGGCGUUAGGGGAAACGUUUUCAGGGUAGGGGGAAAAGUGUGUGUGUGUGGGGGGAGAGGGGGGUGAGGCGGUGCUCCACCUUCAAAGGCCUGUGCACACCCAUUUCAACUCAGCUGAGGGCACGCGAAGGAUGUCGAUAUCUAGGUCAACCGCAUUCUGAUCACACAAGCUCCACUGACAUUUGGCAUUUGCUAAGUCCGUGCACAUUGAUACAUGCUGCCCCGCGGGGUGGCCAGCAAUUUCCGUGUCUUAUUCUCUAACGGGUUUCUUGUAAAGAGCACACCUGCACUUUGGAUACUGUAGUAUGGCUUAAUCUGUACUUGGAGACUGUAAUACGGCUCACCUGUACUUGGACACUGUAAUACGGCUCACCUGCAUAUUGGAUACUGUAGUAUGGCUUAAUCUGUACUUGGAGACUGUAAUACGGCUCACCUGCACUUUGGAUACUGUAGUAUGGCUUAAUCUGUACUUGGAGACUGUAAUACGGCUCACCUGCACUUUGGAUACUGUAGUAUGGCUUAAUCUGUACUUGGAGACUGUAAUACGGCUCACCUGCACUUUGGAUACUGUAGUAUGGCUUAAUCUGUACUUGGAGACUGUAAUACGGCUCACCUGCACUUUGGAUACUGUAGUAUGGCUUAAUCUGUACUUGGAGACUGUAAUACGGCUCACCUGCACUUUGGAUACUGUAGUAUGGCUUAAUCUGUACUUGGAGACUGUAAUACCGCUCACCUACACUUUGGAUACUGUAGUAUGGCUUAAUCUGUACUUGGAGACUGUAAUACGGCUCACCUGCACUUUGGAUACUGUAGUAUGGCUUAAUCUGUACUUGGAGACUGUAAUACGGCUCACCUGCACAUUGGAUACUGUAGUAUGGCUUAAUCUGUACUUGGAGACUGUAAUACGGCUCACCUGCACUUUGGAUACUGUAGUAUGGCUUAAUCUGUACUUGGAGACUGUAAUACGGUUCACCUGCAUAUUGGAUACUGGAGUAUGGCUUAAUCUGUACUUGGAUACUGUAGUAUGGCUCACCUGUACUUGGACACUGUAAUACGGCUCACCUGCAUAUUGGAUACUGUAGUAUGGCUUAAUCUGUACUUGGAUACUGUAGAAUGGCUCACCUGUACUUGGACACUGUAAUACGGCUCACCUGCAUAUUGGAUACUGUAGUAUGGCUUAAUCUGUACUUGGAUACUGUAGAAUGGCUCAACUGUACUUGGAUACUGUAAUACGGCUCACCUGCAUAUUGGAUACUGUAAUAUGCUUACCUGAAUAUUGGACAUCGUAGUAAGGCUCACCUGCACAUUGGAUACUGUAACAUGGCUCACCUGCACAUGAAAUACUGAACUAUGGCUCACCUGGACAUUGGAUACUGUACUAUGGCUCACCUGAAAACAAGCAUUCUUUAAAACCCUUAUAUAAUAUAAAAGUAAAUAUGGGUAUACAUGGGGGGGGGGGAAUCAUUACUGUUUAUUUCACAAAUUAUUUAUUGAUUUUUAGAACGCUAAAACUAGCACCGGCUGAUAAGACUAGCUACAGAAAGAAUUUGAUUACAUUUUUUAGACUUCAAAACAGACAGAGCAACUUUUCAACUUUUUGCUGACCAUUUCUCCUUCAAUUUGGAUGCUACAUCACCCACCCCUACUUGCGCUUCAAAGGGAUCUGACUGAUCUUCAGUGCCAUUCUAAGUUCAGGGAGGUGAAUGGAAAAACGGACAAGCAUGGACCAUGUAUGAGAGCAUUACCCUCCACCUUACCCGAGAUUUCCAGGUUGUUCAAGUUGAUCGUCUGCCUUAAUUGAGAGUACCUAUCUGUGUGAAAAGCUCUUUUCCCACUAUGAACUUUAACAAGUCAAAGUUCAGGGCCGAACUUACUGAUGAGCGUCUUCAAGCUAUACUGAGAGUCUCAGUUGCUUCCUCACUCAAGCUGUUGCUCAGCUGUGUAAGAAGAAGCGCUGCCAGAUCUCUGGCAACAAGGAGUAGGAGGAAGAAUGUGAAGCCUAGGUCUUGAGAACACUUAAUGGUUUUAUUUUUUUUAUUAAUAAAUGUUCAACAGACUGUAACAGUUGUACUUUGGUGACUUAGUGGAAUACUUGAUGCGGCCCAGUUUCACUCAGACUCUACCACCUGCGGCCCCCGGAUGAUUUGAGUUUGAGAGCCCUGCUCUACACGGUCUCAAGUCAUGGUCUUAAGUCGUGGUCUCAAGUCGCGGUCUCAAGUCGUGGUCUAAAGUCGUGGUCUCAAUGUAGUAAAACAAGUACGCUUCAUAAUGACAUGUUUAAAAUGUUUAUCAAUCAUUACACAAUGUUAAACAGUAAGCAGCUACAUAUCCUUCAAUUUCAACGCUUCUCCAAAGUAGGUCUCUCGUGCUAACAAUUUAUUUAUGGUGUACUAUAACAGGUUCCGAGAAACCUUUCAAAGUGGAUGCUUUUGAGUUUUCUAAUAAUGCAACACAGCGCUAAUGUUGUUGUUUUAUUUUGUUGUUGUUGUUGUUGUUUAAAUUUAUUCGUUGGCAUGUUCACGGGGGAGAAUUAUGUUAUUUUAUUAUUGCAUAUUGAAUGGGUAUUUUGUGUUAGUACAUAAGGGAAAUAUGUGCGACAAAGAAAAGAAGAGAGUUGAAGGAAACGACUAAAGACAUGAAGAAGAAAUGGGGAUGAGGAAGUGAAAGUGGAGAAUAAAAUAUGUUGUUUACGUGAAUGAGAGAAAUUGGCAAUGAUUAGUACAGGAUAAAAGAGGGUAGAACAAAUGUGAACACACUUGAAUUUCAGUGAAGUUACAACACGGAUGACAUCGUUAACUUGAUUUGAUUCAUUUGCAACUUUUUUAAGUAGCCGUGACUCACUUCCUACUUUUUAAAUAUCCAUGACUCACUUCCUACUUUUUAAUUAGCCAAUCACUGAGUCGAUGCAUUUCAAAUCUUAAAUUGCAUCAUUAUUAUUAUUUAAGAAUUUUUUAAACAAGUUUUAAUGAAUGUCAAGUUCUUCUGAUCCUCGGAAUUUAUGCAAGAUGUAACUGAUAAGCAUCAAACACAAGCGUCCUUAAACUGAAGACGAGCCUUAAAACAAAAAUUGAAUCCAUCAAUUACAAUAUGUGAACAUUUAUAUCAAGCAGAUAUAGUGUGUAGAGAAUUACAUACAUAAUAGACAGACGUUCUUAAAAGAAACCACGAUAGUGAAAAUUGAAGUUUAGUCAGUAAAUCGUGUAGAUUUGAAAGCAGUUUGAAAGUUGAAAAAAACAAGCUACGGCAACUAAAGAUUCGAAUUAAAUGACAGAUGAUCAUCUUUUUUUUUUUUGGUUCUUACAUUAUAUAUUACAUUAAAUUGUUCUUACAUUACUGAAUAACUCUCUUAAGAAAAACAUCAAACUACCGAGCCAGAGCUCAUUCAGUUUUCCCCAACGUACCCACUCAUCCCCCUCCCCCAACUAGCGUCAUUCUAGGCGGGCCGCGAAGUGGCACGUCUGGGGCACUCCGCCCUUGAGACAGCCCCCCCCCCCCACCUUCCACUCAAUUCCACCUGGUUGGCUAGCGGUGCUGAACAUUAAAUUGUUUUUACAUUACUGAAUAACUCUCUUAAGAAAAACCUCAAACUACCGAGCCAGCGCUCAUUCAGUUUUCCCCCACGUCCCCCCUCAUCCCCCCCCCCCAACCAGCGUCAUUCUAGGCGGGCCGCGAAGUGGCACGUCUGGGGCACUCCGCCCUUGAGACAGCCCCCCCCCCCACCUUCCACUCAAUUCCACCUGGUUGGCUAGCGGUGCUGCUCUCAGAGCACCUGCAGUCGCAGUUUCUAUGGGCUGGGAUAUAAUUUAACGUCCCCCAAAUCCACCCAUUCCCAUCCCGGCGUGGUGACAGGCGCCCUCUUGUACGGUUUCUACACAUGGUUUCUACUUUGUGAUUAUAUCACAUCGUAGCUGAGACGAAACGGCUGCCUAGGAGGUCUCCCCUAAUGGGCUGCAUGAUAAGAAUGAUAGGCAAGGGCUGCCACGACCAAUAUAACUAAAGACAAUUGGUCACGGUGAGGUAGCUGAAGAUAUUUGGUCACUCUUACCGCUCCAAUUUCCUUUCACAGCGUUAUUAUCAUGUGUGUCAUUAUCAUCUUUGACUCUCUAUCUUUCUCAACUACUCCUGGGACAGGAGUGGAUGUAGUAAAUGAAUUGAAUGUAGUAAAUGAAGUAAAUUUGUAAUUGAAAUGUAUGUCGUAAAUGAAGUGAAUGCGGUAAAUUAGUAAAUGAAAUAUAUUAAUGAAGUGAAUGUGGCAAAUGAAAUGGAAUGUAUUUAAUGAAGUGAAUGUAUUAAAUGAACUGAAUGUAUUAAAUGGAAUUAAUGUAUUAAAUGAAGUUGAUGAGGUAAAUAAAGUGAAUGUAGUAAAUAAAGUAAAUUUUGUAAUUAAAAUGAAUGUAGUAAAUGAAAUGAAUUAAGUAAAUGAUGUAAAUGUGUUGAAGUAAAUUUGGUUUCCCUUUCUGUUUCAAAAAAUGCAUAGUUACAUCAGCACUCAAAGAGCUUUCAUCGUAAUUGACAAGUUUAUCUAUUUAUAUAUUAUAAUGUUGGAGCCCACUUGUGCCUUGUGACCCAGUAUGCGAUUCAUUAUUUCUUUUAAAUGCUCAGAUGUGCUAAAUCUGGCCACACUAGUCAUUUCUUUACCCGCCCUUCUGUGCACCGAUGGCCAGAAUUUAUAGCGUGAGCUGCCAAAGCACGGCAACACGUGAGAACGCCCCAAUAAUUACACAGGAAGGUCAGAGUUCAAACGUCGGAAUUUCUGAGUUUUAUUUUAAUUUGUAGCAGACAGGGACUUUCUAUGCGAUUUGAGGUCUUGCAGUUUGCUAAAUUUAAGAAACCGUGCGUUUAAAAAUUAGAGCACUCCUUGUUUCUAGACUAUGACACGGACUCAUAUUCAACUAUAUGAACUCUAGUGUGGUUGAUCAGUUCUGAAGAUACAAGUUAGUUUCAUCAUCUCGUCAUGAAAACUUAUUUGUGUAUUAAUUUAAAGUUAUUUCUGGGUGGAAAUUUUUCUGACGAAUGCAACAGUUGCAAAAUAUCCAAGGCUGUCUCCACAUUAAAUAAUGACAUUCAGUGGGGUCCAUAAUCAUCGUCUCUUCCAUACCAAACUAAAACAACUUUCAUAACAAACGGCCCAAUCAAAUAUGUAAUUAAUUGACUAAUCUUUAAGAGUUAAAAGCUCAUCAGACUUAAGUUACAAUUAUUUAUAUUAACAGCCUUUAAAUCAUGAAUCAAGGGUUAAGCAAUAAAAAUAAAUAUUAACUCUUGCUCAUAAGCAGUGCCGUACUCAUUCUAAUAAUUUCACAGCAUUUAUUUCUGUGUCAAACAACAACAGACAUGUAGGAAAUAUUGAACGAGUCAACCAUCACAAAUUAGAAAGGUGGCAUUGUUGUGAAGAAUAGUUGUGAGCGAUAGUGCUUGCGUAAGCCAAAGGCAAAUCAUACGAAACCCAACGUGGCAAGAAUUCAAAACAGAUGCAGUGCCAAGAAAGCUAUCAACGUAUCUGACCCAAAUGUUCGGAAAGAAAAACUCUUUUUUUAUUUUAUUUUUAUUUUUUAAAAUACAUUAAUAUGGCGAAAGAGCAAAGUUCCUUGGUUCGAUGUUUGAAAUAUAAGAAAACGUUUAAACAAAAUUGUAUGCUGUCUAAUCUUUAAGAGUUAAAAGCUUUACAGACGUUUACAGAGAUAGUUUUUCUUCCUACAAUAAAAAUUAGGUACUUAAGAAUUGUCUUCUUCCAGUCUUCCACAAGCUGUGAGAUUUAUAACAUUUACGGGAAGGCAAUCUUUAUAACGUCAGAAAGGUUAUGCACCAGGCAAAACAAACUACACAUUGAAUGGAUAGUUUUCUUUAAGGACAAGACGCUGGGUUCGAAAAAUGCCUACAUAGAUUGGCUUAGAAUGUAACGUGUUUAUUUAAUAUAAAAGUCUAAAUAUCAGCACAUUUCGCUACAGAAAUACCCUAUGACAUAAGCCACCACAUAGUGAAUUUAGUGACAUUCAAAUCGUGAUAUUAGUGACAGACACGUGAUGACUUGGUGACAUUCACAUGCUGUUUUUUGACAUUCAAGGGUGAAUUCUGUGAAACUUUUCAGGUUAAAAAACGAAUGACAAUGAAGUGUGACGUUGAACGCCAGCCUUUAGGGUGUGCGACAUGUGCCCUCGCACAGGGCGCCGUGGCCAUAAGGGCACCCGGGGCACUCAGAAAAUAUUUAAAUUCCCUUAGUUUAUUGUAGUGAGCCAUACAGGGACAGGGAAGGGGUGUUUUGCACAGGGCGAAAGUUUACCUAAGACCGGAGUUGUGACGUUUUCCCUUCCUGUAUAGUACGUUAUAAAGAAAGAGCAACUUGGUGGUGAAGGGGUUAAUCCUGGACAGUCUCUCAUUUCAUAAGUUUGUAAUUAUUAUGACAAUGUGUGUAUAUGUAUAUAUAUAUAUAUAUAUAUAUAUAUAUAUAUAUAUAUAUAUCGGUUAGGUUCCCUAACUCUUUUUGAUUUUUUAGUUUUUUUAAUUCAAACUUGAUUUUCUUUUUUCUUCCACAUCACAACUUUGGGCCCCUUGAAUAUCCAAGGCCUCCUGCAGGCCCGUGGGUUGUCAAACUCACGAGAUGGUCGUGGCAGUAGAUCAUAUAGAUUAUUGUCUUUUGUAUUGGAGGAGGCGAAAUAGGUCACUGGGGGGGGGGGGUGUUCAUAGUAAAGCACACUUAGAUCUCACACAUACGACAUUUUCAAAACUAAGAAUACUCUUGAAUUAUUUUCGUUUAAAAAUAAAAUUAUGCAUAUGCUACGUCAUUCACCAUACGCACGCUCUCUUAAUCAACGUGUGAUUCCUGUGUGUCGUAGACGAUCUUGGCCUCAAGAAGAAGCUGCAUUGAAACAGUCACGUGUGCAAGUGAUACCUCGAAAUUAACACUAGGUCAUAUUAGAACAAAGUUAGGAUGAGUUCAAAUAAAGAAAUGUUGGUUUCAUAAUUACGAUAUGUGCUUAUCAUUCAUAUUUCACAUAAAUACUGUAUAUAUACUGUAUAAAUACUGUAAAAAAAAAAAUUUUAAUAUUCUAUUUCCGGUAUAGAUUUUGUCUUUUCUAAGAAUGGAAAUCGUGACAUCGCAUUACGUAAUGUUUCUAUUUUCAGUCAUUUUUUUCGUAAAAAAGCUUCCAACAGAUGAUUUCCGUAUACAUUGGUGGCCCAAUGGUCUUAACUGAGCAAACUUCAAGUGAGUGGUCUGGAGUUCAAUUCAAGCAAAAACAUCACCCCGGGUGGAUGAGACUCGGUUAUUCAUCUAAGAGAAAGAAACUCUGAAUUCGAACCCGGAGUUGGAGUUCCGUAAGGCGCAUACAAUGACAAUUCCUGCAACUUUGACGCCAGAUGGGAUUAAUGUUAUGUCUCUGUUCACAGCUUGACCCUAGCUCCACCCCUCCACGUUCUGACCUAUCACAGUGAACCUUUUCUCCCCCCCUUUUUUUCGCCGCUGCUUAUUUAAACUCUCACUCAUUUUCCUUCUGCCACACUUCUAUUGCUGCCCACAGAUACUACUUACCAGCUAAGUGCUAUUUCUUAUUUCUAUAACGUUUUUUCUGUUGUUUUGUUCGCUGACGAAGGCUUUCUGCCGACACGUUCGCUGUUUUGUUGCGUUUAAUUUUUCAGGUUUAACCAUACUCUGUUUUACUCAUUUUAUUUUGUACUAACCUGAUUGCAGUCUCUCCCCUUAUUACCCCAUGAAAUGACAAAUAGUAUUGACCGUAUUGUUUCCGUUUCGUUUCCCAUCUUCCAUAAACACAAUUUAUUAACACACUAUCUAUAGGAUUGCAAUGCAAAAACUGAAGUGAGAGAUUCCUCAAGAUCAUACCUACAGGUUGUUUUACUGUAAGUGUUAAGUUAUUGAAAAUAAAUAAGAUCAAUUCUUCAAAAUUACGAUUAAGUGAAACCCUGAAAUGUAUCCACAAACCCUGAAAGAUAUCCAUAAACCCUGAAAUAUAUCCACAAACCCUGAAAUAUAUCUAUAAUCCUUAAAUAUAUCCAUUACUCUGAAAUAUCGCCAUAAAACCUGAAUUUUUUUUCAUAAAACCUGAAAUGUUUACAUAAACCCUGAAGUAUAUCCACAAACCUUGAAAAAUAUCCAUAAACCUUUAAAUAUAUCCAUAAAACCUGAAAUAUAGCCAUAAAACACUUGAACAACCGUAUUUCCCAGGCUGAGAACCCUUCUCUCAAAUACGAAUUGAAACAGUCCUCAGUAGCGUUGCGUUCCAAUUCAUAUUUUUAUCGGCGUUUCUUGGCCUUGAACCGAAUCAAAUAACGCAAUACAAAGAGAGCUAAACAAAAUAUUAAUUAGAAACAAAUAAAACUAGACUCUGUUCUGUAUGUCAUACUAAACACAUGUCUUCACUCACAUCAACUGAAAUUCAGAUGCCAUAAACCAAUUAUUUAUGCGAAUUAAUUAAAGUACGGAUGUGUUAAUUAGGGGCACAUGAUGUCCUGUGAGAGGCCUAGACUGUAACUCAAUACGUUCAUUUGGUUUGGACUGUAUUGGCAUAUUACACUCAAGCUUGAAAUCUGUUGAGGUUAUCCUGCCCCCAUCUUCUACUAACUACAGCAGUGUGUCCGGAAAUAGAGAGCACUCCAAGUGUGUGUGUGUGUGAGGUGGUUGGGGGUGGGGAGAGUUUAAAGAAAUGAUUUUUGCUGUGCUGUUUGUUCUGUUCUCAAGGGUUCUCAUAUCGUGUGCUGCAUAUUCCCCUUUCUAUCGUUUGAACCCAGUCUCCACAGCAUAACAUUAGCACGUGUCAGGUUCUGUCUGCUCUUGUUAACAAUUAAAUGCCUUAUCUUCGCUAGUAAAGUUACUGCUAGAAACUAAAUGUUGUUAAAGAACUGCAUGGAAUUAAUUACUGUCAGGCAAUAUUAUGACUAUCUAAAUAUGUGGGAGAUCAAGUUUUUAAAGAACGUCUAAAAUCCCACUCCUCUCUCUUCCCCCACUCCUCUCUCUUCCCCCACUCCUCUCUCUUCUCCCACUCCUCUCUCUUCUCCCACUCCUCUCUCUUCUCCCACUCCUCUCUCUUCUCCCACUCCUCUCUCUUCCCCCAUUCGUCUCUCUUCUUCCGCUCCUCUCUCUUCCCCCACUCCUCUCUCUUCCCCAUUCCUCUCUCUUCUCCCACUCCUCUCUCUUCUCCCACUCCUCUCUCUUCUCCCACUCCUCUCUCUUCUCCCUCGCCUCCCUCUUCUCCCACACCUCUCUCUUCCCCCAUUCGUCUCUCUUCUUCCACUCCUCUCUCUUCCCCCACUCCUCUCUCUUCCCCAUUCCUCUCUCUUCUCCCACUCCUCUCUCUUCUCCCACUCCUCUCUCUUCUCCCACUCCUCUCUCUUCCCCCAUUCCUCUCUCUUCUCCCACUCCUCUCUCUUCCCCCACUCCUCUCUCUUCCCCCAUUCCUCUCUCUUCUCCCAUUCCUCUCUCUUCACCCACUCCUCUCUCUAGUCCCACUCCUCUCUCUUCUCCCACUCCUCUCUCUGCACCCACUCCUCUCUCUUCACCCACUCCUCUCUCUUCCCCCACUCCUCUCUCUAGUCCCACUCCUCUCUCUUCCUCCACCCGAAAAAAAAAGGAAAAGAAAAAUUCCUGCAAGCACCCUGACUGAAUUCAGAAUUGAGCACACGUACUAUUGAUUAACUACACUACAUAGUACUACAAAGUACUAUAAAGUACUACACACCAUUUCAGACAAUGUAUUAUUUUUAAAUAACAUUACACAGUACUACACACUAUUUCAGACAGUGUAUUUUGUUUAAACAACACUACACAGUGCUAUAAACUAUUUCAGACAAUGUAUUCCUGUUUAAAAACAGCUCCACCCCAGCACAGAAAAUGUGGCUCCCAUUGGUUAAUCUCCCCAAUAUCAAAUCUAACUCAGAGGGCGCCCAUCGUCUACGCUAACCAGGAAUCCCAGAAUGCAUUGUUUACUUGCACCUAAAAGGGCAAACGUGUCGUGUGGUACUAAUAUAAUCUCGGCACAAUAGCCAGGAGGCGGCCGCAUUUUUACUCUCUUCUCCAAAAAUAACGAAGGGCUUAACAUAGAUCGCUUAGUUAGUUGUUGUCAUAGAGACAAUUUAGAAAUAUAUAGAUUCAGUCUUAACAUAGAUCGCAUAUUUUGUUGUUGUCAUAAAGUAAAGACAAUUUAGAAAUAUAUAGCUUCGGUCUUAACAUAGAUCGCUUAGUUUGUUGAUCUCGUGAAUAAAACUUAGAAAUAUCUACAGCUUCGGAUGUUAUUACAUUAAAGUUUCACGUUAAGUUUCAAAUGUCAAGAGCAAAAUUUUCAAUAUCGUGAUCUCAAGCAAAUACUCUCAGUCCUAAAUAUAGACCAAUGACGUGACAUGACUCACGGACGAUAUUGUUACCACCAUUCCCAACUUGCAGGAGAUGUAAGUGUAAGAUUUGGUGUGUUCCAAAGCCAGCAGCGGUCCCAGGAGCGCAGGCGGUUCUCAAACUUUUUAGUGCCACGACCACUUGGGAACAUUUUCCGAGCUAUUGCAGCACCAAACCAGGAUUAUUUAUAGAAAUUGAGAAACUGGCGUUAAGAUGGCUUCUUCUUCUUAAAAAAAAAUAAUUUGGGGUUGGGGGUAUCAAAUGUUACUGAAUUAUCAAUAUUAUAAUUUAUAAUGGAUACAGCUGAUUUUUUUUGUUUUGUUACUGAUCUUAUUUUUUUUUUUAUCUCAAAAUGAAAACACAAUCAUUUGACAACAUAAAUUUUGGGAGAUAGUCAAAUAGUCUACCAAAUGAAUCAUAUUUUAAUUUUGUAUAUUGAAACCUGUCAAUAGCACAAACCAUUAGGACCAAAGCAAAAUUGGCGCUAUUGUCAGGUUCACCAAAAAAUGGUGAUCGGGCACAACAAAGUUAUAUCCAUAAAGAACGCGUGCAAAAAAGUUCAAAUUUCUACACCCCCCUCCCCCAACCCUGUUGCACGCGUACUUUUUAGGACAACCCGCCAGAGCACGUACAGAGUAGCUUUUGAUUUCCACCCCCUACAAAAAUCCAACAAAAUGAAUUUAUUUAUAGACAAUUAGGACGUCAUGGUUUUAAAAAAAAGUGUCGCUGGCUUUCUGAGCUAUUUGGCAUUGCCAGAGAUUCCCAAACUCUACACAAAAGCCUGAAAUUGACCUCCCCUUCCCACCCUACACCUUUUUUUUUCAGUUCGUCCAGUAGAUCCUACUAUAUUUUGUUUAAUUUUACUUAACAUAAUAUCAACACUUGAAAUAGAAAGUAUGCAUUUUUUAAACACCGGUAUUUUAUGUUAUUUUCAAAUUUAUGAUUGUGAAAGAACGAUUCAUAAGUACACGUGAACCUACAACAGUACACAUGAACCUCCAACAGUACACGUGACCCUACACCAGUACACGUGACCCUACAACAGUACACGUGACCCUACCUCAGUACACGUGACCCUACCUCAGUACACGUGACCCUACAACAUGAAUUUUAAACACGGAGAAUGAAUUCUUUUGCCUCAGCUUUGGUUCAGUGAUUUUACCGGAAUUCUUAUUCAACAGCCUUGGUUCAGUGAUUCUACAAGAAUCCUUAUUCUACAUACGUGGUUCAGAGAUUCUAAAAGAAAUCUUAUUCUUUACAGCAUUGGUUCAGUGAUUCUACAGGAAUUCUUAUUCUACAGUCUUGGUUCAGUGAUUCUACAGGAAUUCUUAUUCUACAGUCUUUGUUCAGUGAUUCUACAGGAAUUCUUAUUCUACCAACUUGGUUCAGUGAUUCUACGGGAGGAAUUCUUAUUUAUUUAUUUAUUUAUUUAUUUAGGCAUUUUUAUAUAGCGCUUAUCAUAAAGCUCUAAGCGCUUUACAAUUAUUAAAACAUGUAAACUAAGUAAAAUAAAAAUGAGACACUAGGAUAGUAACUACUAUUCUAUAGAAACAAUGAAAAUGGCUAUAAAACGAGGACACUUUGACACUUCAGGAUCAACCCGAAACAGAAAAUGAGGUAGGGCAAGGAGGGUGCAUCACAGGUCAUAGGCGGACCUAAACAGAUGAGUUUUAAGGGACUUUUUGAAAAUGGACGAGGUUUCACUAUGACGUAUAUGGAAGGGGAGCUGGUUCCAGAACGUGGGCCCAUGGAAGCAGAAGGAGCGUUCACCGAUGGUCUUAGUUUUAGUUCUUGGGAUUGAGAGGGUUCUACUGUCAAUGGAAGAACGUAGUUGUCUUGUGGGGAUGUAAGGAAGCAACAGAUCAGAGAGAUAGACAGGAAAGUGAGGGUCAGUGAACGAGUUGAAGCAAAGAUUGGAAGACUUGUAUUUGAUGCGAGAGGAUAUUGGAAGCCAGUGGAGUUGCCGCAUGUGUGGUUGAAUGUGGUCAUGUUUCUUUAAUUUAAAAAUGAGUCUGCAUGCUGAGUUCUGUGCCUUCUGAAGUUUUUCUAUGUGGUGUUGAGGAAUGCCUGAGAGAAGAAUGUUACAGUAGUCAAAUUUUGAAAGAAUGAGUGAAGAGACGAGAGUUUUUGUGGCAUCAAAGGAGAGGAGGUGUCUAAUGGUGCUGAUUUUUCUAAUUUCGUUAUAUGCUGAUCUGCAUAUAUUCGUGACAUGUUUGUCCAUGGAGAGGGUGUCCGUAAGCGUGACUCCAAGGUUUCUGGCAGAGGGAGAGAGUGUGAUGUCAGAGUUGCCAAUAGAUAUAGAAGAAGGAGCGAAUGGAGGGAGAGGUUUGUUUUGAGAGUGGAUGAGAAGGAUUUCCGUUUUAUCAUCAUUUAGCUUCAGUUUGUUGCAAGUCAUCCAACGCUUUACAUCGUCCACGCACUCCUGUAUGCGAAGGAUUGUGGCAUCAAGUUGAUCAGGAAAGCAAGAGUCACUGAUUUGAGUGUCAUCAGCAAAGGAUUGACUGGAAACUGAGUGGUGGCUAAUGAGAGAUGAUAGAGGUUUAGUGUAGAGGAUGAAAAGGACCGGCCCAAGGACCGAUCCUUGAGGAACUCCAAUAGACAGGGCUGAAGGUUUGGAAGAGCGGUUGGAAAUAGAGACUUUUUGAGUUCUGUCAGAAAGAUAUGAUUGAAACCAGUUUAAAGCUGAGCCAGUAAGUCCGAAAGAAAGAUGAAGGCGGUCAAGAAGAAUCUGGUGGUCAAUGGUAUCAAAUGCAGCAGAGAGAUCUAACAGAGUGAGAAUAGAGAGUUUGCCAUCGUCCAUCGCGCGCAGGAGGUCACUCAUGACUCGGACCAGUGCUGUUUCUGUGCUAUGUCCAAGUCGGUAGGCGGACUGAGAGGAAGGAUAGAGAUUGCGAGAAUGAAGAUAGCCAGAGAGCUGAGAGAGUAUGAGUUUUUCUAUGAUUUUUGAGAGAAAGGAGAGGUUGCUGACGGGACGGUAAUUCUUGAGUGUGUUUGGAUCUUGAGUGUGUUAUUCUACAGUCUUGGUUCAUGGAUUCUACCAGAAGUCUUAUCUGCAGCCUUGGUUCAGUGAUUCUACGGGAAUCACAUGCUACGGCAUUGGUUUAGCGAUUAAGGAUUUCUACAGAUCGUUUUAAUGGCUGCAUUAUUGUUGAGAUUUUAAAAAACCACAUGAUAGAAAUUAAAUCCAGAUCACAACUUUAACCGAAGACUUUCAAUGGGCUCGUAUGUCCCUCAUAUCCUUCAAUGUCAAAGGUCAAUAGAUCAUUCAAAAGGGCCCAAGAAAAUACUCAUUAAAAAAAAGAAUUUAAGAUUAUUUUUGUUUCCUUAUGUGUUAAAAGUUUGAACAUUUCUGUGACAUGUGUGCCGACUUUGACAUGUGUGCCGACUUUGACUUGUGUGCAGACUUAGACAUGUGCACCGAAUUUGACGUGUGUGCAGACUUUGACAUGUGCACCAGCUUUGACAUGUGCGCCAAUUUUUACAUGUGUGCCGACUUUGACAUGGGUGCCGACUUUUCAACACAUUUUUUUUUGUUUACAUUUUGAAGGUGGUUGAUUUAUAAAUGACGCGCCUGAUUUUUUUACUUCACUCUUUGAUUUUUUUUGUUCAAUCAUUGAUUGUUUAUUUCAAUAUUUCAUUGUUUUGUUUCGGAAUUUGUUUUAUUUAAAUUUGCGAUUGUUUUAUUUCCAGCGUGGAGCCAGAGCCCCCGCCCCCUCCACCAGAGGAAGUUGCUGUCACCCAGCCUGUCACCCAGACAGCCACGCCCAUCCCCCCAACAGCCCCUCCUCCUCGACAAGGAUGCAUGGACAAGAGAAGCACAUUGGAAAAAGUCCUCGUCGUGCUCGUCGUCAUCAUCCUUAUUAUCCUCUUGGGGUUCAUCGCCGCCUUCCUUGUCUUUUACUUCUUCUCCACACCACCUGAGGGUAAAAACGAUUGGCUCAACCAGCAUUUUUAGUUCAUUAAUGUAAAAAACAGUGGCGAGUUUAACAUUAUAUGAAUAGGAGGCACGGUGAUUAUUUUAUGGUAAGAAGGGGAAGAUACUGCAAUCGGGUUUGCAAAACAGGAAAUGAGUGUAACAAAGUAUAGGAGAAACUGAAAAAAAUGAAAGCAACAAAACAAUGAACGUGUCGACAGGAAGCCUUCAUCAGCGAACAAACAAUAGCAGAGACAGAAUUAAAUUAAAAAAAAACAACUUAGUUGACAUGUAGACAAUGUAGUUUCCGCGAGGGCAGCAUAAGAAUUGUUAUCUCAAUGUACGUCAUGAAAUACAAAAGCUUUAAUUAACAGCGUAACUCACCCUUUCGGAUUCAUAUUAUAUAAGACACAAGAACCGUUCACAAGGAGACACCAAGACAAACGCUUGCCAUCUCCAGCUUAUGGGAAUUGGUGAGAGAGUAAGAUAGAGAUAGGCCUGCUAUUAAAAAAGCUCGAUAGAAUUUUCUGUCAAUAUGGUUUAUGGGAAUUGGUGAGAGAGUAAGAUAGAGAUAGGCCUGCUGUUAUAAAGCUCGAUAGAAUUUUCUGUCAAAAUGGUUUAUGGGAAUUGGUGAGAGAGUAAGAUAGAGAUAGGCCUGCUGUUAUAAAGCUCGAUAGAAUUUUCUGUCAAAAUGGUUUAUGGGAAUUGGAGAGAGAGUAAGAUAGAGAUAGGCCUGCUAUUAUAAAGCUCGAUAGAAUUUUCUGUCAAAAUGGUUUAUGGGAAUUGGAGAGAGAGAGUAAGAUAGAGAUAGGUCUGCUAUUAUAAAGCUUGAUAGAAUUUUCUGACAAAAUGGUUUAUGUGAAUUGGUGAGAGAGUAAGAUAGAGAUAGGUCUGCUAUUAUAAAGCUCGAUAGAAUUUUCUGUCAAAAUGGUUUAUGGGAAUUGGUGAGAGAGUAAGAUAGAGAUAGGUCUGCUAUUAUAAAGCUCGAUAGAAUUUUCUGUCAAAAUGGUUUAUGGGAAUUGGUGAGAGAGUAAGAUAGAGAUAGGUCUGCUAUUAUAAAGCUUGAUAGAAUUUUCUGUCAAAAUGGUUUAUGGGAAUUGGUGAGAGAGUAAGAUAGAGAUAGGCCUGCUGUUAUAAAGCUCGAUAGAAUUUUCUGUCAAAAUAGUUUUACAUCAUGUGGUGAUAUAAAGCUCCUGCUUUUUAUUUCCAUAUCUGUAUGCAUUUUUUUUUUAAAGUUAACUAAAAUUUAGGAAUUUUUUGUAUGGCUGAGUGGUCUAAACUGGCUCAAUCCCAAGUAGCUGGUGGUCAGGAUUUCAAUCCCCAAACGCUGAAUUCCAAUCAGGAGUCAGGAUAAUCAAUAAAUUGAUGGUGGGCCCUCACAUAUAGAAAAAAAAAGUGAUAUGAAUAACCCAAAUACUAUUUGUAUCAAUGUACACAGGAGAUAAUAAUUGUCAAUGAGCAAUUUAUAGGGUCAAGAUAUUAUUUAAAGACACGAAUUAAUAAGACACUCCAUCCAGUCACUCAACUUCAGCAUUGCUAGCUCUACUAGAGAAACUCAGACACACAGCAUGAGCCUAACUGGUAACAUUUGAAUUCCAAAAAAAAAUGCAGGAGGAUGCAAACUAAGGAUUUUUAAAAAAAAGCAUAGCAUAUAUAGCUACACAAGAAGUAAUUAAAAUUACUUUGCCUUAUUGGCGCCAAAUUGGAGUGCUCCUCAGGUACGGCUUAAAAGUGAGGAGGCCGUUGGCGUAAAGAAAAGGGUUGAGCCGGGGAAACGGUGUAUAAGUGUGUGCGUUGGCAGGGGCUAGGGAAAGGGCGAAGUCGGUAUUACAGUUAUAAAAAAACUUAAAUUUCGCUGAAGUAAUAAUUCGAAGUCUUUUUAUUGCUAAUAAUAUUUCAUUUACGUUUCUAAUGAUUUUCGUUUGUUGUUGUUCCCCCCUCCUCCCACUUUUUUUUUCUUUUUGUUUCUUCCAAUCAUGAAAUAACACAGAAAGAAGGCGUCUUAAAUAAUACUUAAAUACAAUGCAUCGAUUACCAAUGGUCCCGUUUUUUGUUUUUUUUUACAUCGGUUCUUUAUGAUUUUUUUUUUUUAAAUAUUUGGUACGAAACGCUUUCAAUAAAUUAAAAAUAGCUGGUCAGCUGUACACGGUAGGCCUAUACAAAAUAACUAUUUCACUGUUGAUAUUUUAACUUAAACCGUGACCGUCAUGAAUGAUCUUUUAAUCUACAGAGAAUUGAAAUGGCAAUUGAUAUAAAUUUCCUUUCGUCUGAUCUAAACACGUCAUCGACGAAAUGGAAAAAGGUUACUUACUAAACAGAAACACGUCAUUGAAGACAGGAAACACGUGAUUAAGGACAGGACUGUUUCUGACAAUAAACAGUAACAGACAAAGAACUUGGAAUGUUUUUAAGCGGCACUUCAUCAUCAUUUUAUUUUUAAAAAUUAGAUUGGAUUUUGUUUUUUCUGAAAUAAUAUGCCAAUUUAAUAGAUUUUUUUUUCACUGAUACACUGCUUUGCAAUCCCAGAAAGAUGAAGCAGUUGGCACGCAACGAAAUUAUUAUAUAGGCCUAUGCCUAUAUAUUUUGUGAUCAGACUAAUUAACAAAUGUUCAAAUAUGUGCAAUAAUUUGCUGGGGAUGAAAAUUUUUCAAGAUUUAUUGGAAGAUGAAGAUGCCGUAUUUAAUGUAGAAGGUGUCAAAAAAAGAUGUCCAAGUUUUAUUAUUUUAAAUGUUAUCGAUAAAGACAAUUUCUCACAUAGGGUAAUAGUUACAAAAUACGUAUUUAGAAUUGAAGGAGACCCUGAAAAGGUUCAUUCACCAGUUCGUGAUCAUUAGUCAUUAUAAACCUGGAACUGUUUUUAUGAGAUUGUUCCAACUACGUUAUGCAAUUCAGACUUCAUGAAAUGCAGAAAUUCGUAUGCAAACUCCAGAUCACUUGUCUUCAGGAAGAUUAGGCCUAUCUCUAAAACUUUGUGUAGUUUUAGUUAAUUUUGAUAAUCUGUCAUCGUUAUGAACUCAAAGAGAAACAAUGCAAAAAAAAAAAACUUUUUUUAAUUUGAUAUUUAUCACCAGGCCCCUGAAAGCCUUCCAGUAGCAUGUGAUUACUUUUCCGAUAGGUUUAUCCGACCCUGCAAGUCUUUAAAGAAAAGAUACUACAAGUAUUACAAGUCAUUGCAGAAAGCCAGGAUACGAGUCAUUGCAGACAAAGAUUCAUGUUGAACAGCAAUCUUACAAUGAAAAAUGUGACAUUAAAAUUGAAGGUUAUAUAUUUAUGUUUAUCAAUUAUUUUACAGAGGAAAAGUCACAAUUCUUAAAGUACUUAUCUACUUUUUUAUUCUUCAUUUCAGUAACUUGCUUGACAGAUUCAUGUGUCAAAUCAGGUAAUCAUAUUAUUGUGCAGUCCGUUUCUUUCAAAUUGACUCAUUGUGUUUAAACAUGCCUUUUAGAGAGUUCAAAAAAAGUUUCUAUGUACAAUUUGUUAAAUAAUACAAAAAUAUAUUUACUUACCAUGCAAUAACAGAAUUAAUUGUUAAACUGUUUUAAACUUCCCACCCCGUUUGCAAACAAACAAAGCAAAAUAAAUAUAAUAAAUAAAUUCAUCAUUCAAACAUUAACAAAUAUACUUCAUGAUAUAAUUUUAGUAUGUGAUCGAGGAAUAUUUAUAUUAUUUAUAUUAAAUUGCAAAAGCAUAUGUAGAUAAAGCUAUUACUGUUGCAGCGGCUCGGCUGAGGUCGUACAUAGAUGAGAGUGUCAACCCCUGUGAUGACUUCUACCAGUAUGCGUGUGGUGGCUGGCUGAAAAGUCAGGUGCUGGCCCCGGACAAGUCAAAAAUUGAUUUGGAAACUCUGAUAGGUGACAGUAAUGCAAUAAAAAUUAAAAGUAAGUGCUGCAUCGAUGCUCAGCAUCUGAUUGUUAUUCUGUGACAAUAGUCUGUUAAAAUAAAAUUCAAUAUUGAAAAAAUCAAUAUAUUGUAUGACAUUAACUGACAGACUAAAAUCUAAUGACUAUUUAAGAUGAAAGCCAUAAUGAUAAUAUUUUUUACCAUGAUCACACACAUGAUCACACAUAAUUUAAAAAACCUAAAAUAUUUAAGCAUUCCCUCAAAAACAUCAUCGAAAAAAAUUUUUUUAAGCUUAAUGGGCAUUAUUAAUUGUUUCAAAAUUGAAUUUACUGUCUCCAUUUAAAGUCAAUAGUGGAAAUAAAUUCCAUGUAAUACCUAUUUACCUUUCUUUCACGUACUGAAAAAUGUCAAUUUCUCUUGACCUUAGCUCUCUUGGAGCAAAGAGAAGAAGAUGAUCCAGUUUACAAAACGCAGCCUCGUAAAUUUUAUGCAGCUUGUUUGGACUUGAGUAAGUACAAGAUACAAUCAAGUUUUUUGUAAUCAAGUAACAUCAGUAUGUAGAUGACUCCAUGACAGGUGAAUGUCACAAAUUAUCUGAUGACAUUUGAUAUGUUAUUGCUUCAUUAAAGUCAAUGUCAUUUUUAAUGGUACUAAUUUGAGUUGCUCCUUUUCAAAUUCAUUAAGUUAAUGAAAAUCUCUCAAGCAUCCAAGAUUUAAAGAUUGUUAUUUUACAAGUGACACAAAGUUUAAAAUCAGAGGUUUUAUUUACUUAUCAUUUGUAGACAGUAACCAGUGAAAGGAUGUGGGGACCAAUUCGAUAAAGUGGCACAAUCUUCAGCAUUUUCAGAAGAAAAAAGAAAUGUGUGUACUUGUAAUAAAAUUUGACAGUUGUUAUGUAUGCAGCACCGUAGUCAAUCCCUAUAAUGUUGCUUUCAGAUACUGAGUAUGUUUGAACAAACCAAAAUAUUAAAAUAGUAAAAUCUUUUCCUUGUUGAAAAUUUCAUGAAGCCUGAUGAUUUUUUUUCUCAUAUUUAAAUUAACAAUGGCAAGUUUUUUUUAAUGUUCUCAUUGAUUAUUCUUUAGCAUGAGAAGACCCCCCCCCCCCCCUCCCCCCAACCCCCCAUGAUCCAAAUGUAGAAAACUUGUACCUAUAUUUUAGAUAUAUGAGUGAUAUCUUUCUUCUUUAUGUGUAAUUAAAAGUUAUAAGAAAGUUUUUUGAAAGAAUUUUGACAGAAUAUUGUUCUAAUGGAAAUUUGAAUAAAUUUUAUUACAAAGUUUAUAUCUUUCCCAUUUCUCAAUAGCAAUUUCACUAGCACUUUCACUAACUCUAACACCCUCAUUAACUCUACCACCUUCACUAGCAUCUUCACAAGCACCUUUACUAACACAUUCACUAGCUCUAACACCUUCAUUAACUCUAGCACCUUCCCUAAAUGACAUUUUGAAAAAUAAGUCUCAAUUGAACAAUUUCAUUUUGAACAAAAUUCCGUUCUGACAAAUUUCCUGAUAUAACAUUUAAUGCAUGUAAAGAUGUUAUUUAAGGCGUAUUAAGAAACCUUCUUUUAUAGAUACUUAAUUUCCUCAAUUAUUUAAGACACACUGAAUGAGCGAGGUGCAGAACCAUUCUUUAAGCUUGUUAAAGAAGUUGGGAAGUUUCCAGCACUGGAUUCCUCUUGGAAUGAAACAGACUUUGAUUUUGAGGAUACCAUAAUUAAACUACAUAACCUCAGUAAGUGUUACAGCAUUAGUUAAAGGGCCCCAAUUACAUUUUUAAUGUGUACUUUCAGCAAAGGAGACUUAUAUAACAAGAAUUUAAUCUCUAAAAUAUCAAUCAAAGAUUUAAAGUUAAGAACAAAUCUGACAGAAAAACAUUUUCUUGUGGAGCCUUAAUUUAAAUUACUGCAAUUUUAGUUUUUAUCAAAGUUGUACUGAGACAUCUUAAAUGUGUAUUGUGUAUUUAAUUGAAGCUUAACGUGACUCUUUUAUUUGCCAUACACCAAUUUUAUGCGUCUUAUUAAUCAACUGAAAUUUAAAAAUUUAUCAUAGUCCAAACCCUGUAUUAUUUGAGCCCCUAUGGUGACUGUUAGGGGUUUUCAAUUGGCCUACUGGUAUUUAUGCUUUCUUCAUUUUAUAGAGGUUGAUCCAUUGAUCAGAUAUAGUGUUAGCAGAGAUUUAAGGAGUGCUGAAAGCAACAGAAUAUAUGUAAGUAUUGUUAUUUCUAUUUAAUUUGAAAGAUUUUCUCCAUCAACAUUUUAAGGCUAUAUGUAAAUAAAUGCAACAAAAUUUAUUUAGCAGUGAUUUUAAAUAUUAAGUAGUUCAUUAUUACAUCAGUGUUGUUAUUUUUUUUUUUGCAGAUUAACAAGCCAAACAAAAUCUUUAACAUAUUAAUGCAUGACUUCAUUGCAUUUUAAUUUAUUACUUAUUGUUAAUGAAAUAUUGUUUUAUUAUUUCUAUUUUUUUGAAAGCUUAUUAAAAAUGCAUUAUUAACAUGAAAUCUUUGUUUUUGGAUGGAGUGCUACAAAGAUUUAUUCAAAAAUCUUUUUUUAACAAUUAAAUGGAUUUUAAAUUUGUUAUGUAAUUUAUCAUUUUCCUAACACUACAACUAUAAAAUUAAAGAUUGUAAAUUUUGACUUUGCAUGUAUUUGUACACUGAAAACAUUUUAAAUAGGUUAGUUCAAGGUUCCCCCAGAAAUUAUAUGAGCAAAGUCUGGUGGAAAAUCUUGUCAAACUUGGAGUCAACAGAAGCUCAGCAGAAUUAGAGGUCAAGGACAUUAUGGAAUUUGCUGAGAAGCUUGCAAAGGUAAUUAAAUUAUACCAAUGAAUUUGAUAAUAUUGGUUAUCCGAUGCCAUUUUUAUUUUUAAAAUCUUUGUGUGCAAAUGUUGUUUUUUUUAUGACAAAGAAAGAAAAUCUGUCAUAAACUUUAUUUGGAUAGCUUAGUUUGAUUUUUUUUCAACAAGAAUAGAUACUUUUUUAAAAAUUAUUUUUUUAUUUAUAUAUAAAUGAAGAGUGUGAGAGUCUUGUCAAUAUACACAUUAUGUAGUUUUUGGCAGCCUUUGAAACAUGACAUUGCUUGCAUUAACAGAUAAAAUUGUAGUCAUUGUUUUUUUAAUUUUGAGACAAUGUGUAUUGCAGCUGAUACCAGCUGAGGAGGCAAAGAUCGAUUUUGAAAGUAAAGACAAUCGUAUGACUGUGGCAAUGAUGAACGCCAAAUAUACAUGGGUAUGAAUUUUUUUUAUCCGUAGAAAUCUCCUGCCUUAAUUUUCAGUGUAGAUGUUUAGUAAAGAACUGUUUUAAAAUUUAAAGCAGGGUAUGCUUAUUCACAUUAUAGCCUAUCAAUAGUUUUUAUAGAAUUGUGUGCAAAAUGCAUUUUUAUUUUUUUUGGUUUCUCAGGCUAAUUAGAAGUACCGUAUUUAGGUUUAGUGAACUGACCUACUUUUAAGGGAAUUAAUUUUUCAGUAUUUUAUGCUUGUAAUAACUUAAAGACAAAAUUACUUAGUUAAUAUUCGCAGUCAACAAUGAUUAGUGAUCAAAAUCAAAGUUAUUAUCUCUGGCUGGAAAUUCUAAUAUUUACUUACUUACUUCUGCCUAUGGCAUAGGCUGUCUACAAGACAUGUCAUGCUUUCCUCUCCACUUGCUUCCAGGUGUAUCCUAUGUUUUGUGUGUCUGCCUCUAGCUCGUGUCUUCAUGUAUUCUUAGGGUGUCCUCUCAUUCUUUUUUCUGUGGAUUCCAUAUUAGGGAUUGUCUGUUGAUUUUUACUGGGGUUUACAAAAAGUCUGGCAUCAUUCCCUUAUGAAGUCUUCAGCAAUAGGCUUCUGGUCUGUCCUUUCCAGUAAGUCUUUGUUGGUAAUGGUGUUUGGCAAGUUGAUGUUCAGGAUCUUUCUAAAGCAAGUUUUUAGGCAGGUCUGUGCUUUCUUCGCUGUUGUUUUCCAAGUUUUGGCUCCACAGAGUAGUAGGAGAUUCUAGAACUAACACUAUUUUGUGUGUUUAUAGAUGUCAUGUAAGUUUAAACCAAGUAAGUAAGGGAUCUCAUAAAAAAGACUUGUAAAAAAAAUUACCAAUAGUAGAAUAAGUUCAUAUUAUUCUUUAAAUGGAAUGUUUUAUAUGAUAAUAAUUUUUGCAUUAAUCAACUUGUUUACAAGAACUGAGGUAAGGAAGAGAAAUCAGAAAAAGAGAAGCUGAAAUAUGAGAAAAGUUGAAAGCCUCUUGUCUAAAUUAAAUCAAUAACUACAUAAAAAAAGCAUUAAGCAAUUUAAAAUCCCUUUCAUUUAAAUUAUAACUUUGCCUCAUAUUGAAUCUUAUACACCUGCAGGUUAGCUUAGAUCCUGGUUACAGGGGAUGCAAGAAGACCCAGAAAAUCAGAUUUAGUUGUACUUUUAUUAGCUUUUUUUAUCAAGGGGAGGUGUUGGAAAUAUAUUUUGAAAUUAAAUUGAGGUUGGCUGCAUAUGUUAUAAAAUUUUUAAAAGGGUGGUGGGAGGGGGGAACUGAUAUAAAAUUAAGACCCAGCUAUGUAGCCUUAUCUUUUCUUAUCUCGAAAUCUGUUUAUCUUCUAUAAAGGGAGAUGGGUUAAAUAUUAAUCAGGUGACUAUUAAAAUGUAUUUUGUUUCUAAUAAUAAACUAAGUUGAUCGAGUAAUUAAUUAUUUUUUUCUUUAAGUGGCCCACUACAUGAAUAUUGGUGUUAAAUUUAAACUACUUCUGUUUUUAAAUAUUUAAUUUUGUAUUCUUUAUAACAGGUGAACUGGCAGAAAUUGUUUCAAGGGAUGAUAGAAUCUUAUGGUGGUACUGGUUUCAUUCGUUUUGACGAGAUUGUCAUUAAUGAAGAGCCCCUCUACCUAGAGAAGCUGGGUCCACUGCUGAAUGCUACAUCAAAAAGGUAUUAAUAAUUAGUAUAAUAAAAUGUAGAUGAUUUCUUCUCAGUCUGGCUUCAAAAAAACAUUUUAUUUUACUGCUAAAUGAAAUUUUUCUAUUUAGUUGCACAGAUUAUUGUGGACAGACAUUUUAAUUUUUUAUAGUUUGGUAGAUCCUCAUGUUUCCUAUUUUGAAUAUAUGUAGUAAAAUGUCAAAUUAAUUCUUAAAAAGAACCAAAAAAACAUUUUAAGUUCAAUAAAGAUUUUUUAUGUAGAUUAACUAAUAUUUAUAAAAGCUAGAUUUCAUAAACAGAAAUCAUAUUUCUGAUCAGUGAUGAUUAGCAUACAUUAUCUCCCCUGCUUUGGUUACGUUGGGCUACCAAUGAACUAUAAUAGCGUUAAUAGAUUUCUUUAAAAAAAAAAAAAGCACCUCAGCUUGUAUUUUAAGAAUAUUAAAUGUUUUGGUCGGCACCCCACAAAAGAAGAAACCUGUGUUGUCUUUUUGUUCUACAGAGUCUUGGCAAACUAUCUCAUGUCUCACUUGCUGGUGUUCACUGAAGCUCUUGGAUCAGACUUUGUUGCUAUUGGUGAUAAGGUCAUUGAGGUGAGUGAAGAUGUUUCAAAAGUAAGGAAACAAAAACCUAUACCAUUAUUGCAUUAAGUAAAUGAGGGUAAAGGGAUAUAAACAAUUAAUUUUUGUGAAGUUUUUAACUAGCUUGUCAACAUUUAUGUCUUAUUUUUUUUUUUUUUAAACUUAUAAAAGAAUAAGUUAUUGUUUAUCAAGUUAUCAGAGCGUAAUGUUACUGAUAAUGUGUUGUAAAUGUAUAAUAGUAAAAGCCUUCUUUAAUAAAAAAAAUAAUUAACAUCAGGAUAAAACAUUGUACAGAAAUAAAAUCACAUCCAAAUAAACUUGUUAUUGUCAAAGUAGUUUUCCUUGUAAAGAGUGGUAAAAGAUAUCUAGGUAUAAAUUCUAGGUUUGUAUAGAAAUGAUUAUAGUUAUAGGAUUAAGAGUUUAGUGUCAAGCUAAGAUUGUAAGAGAGGAAUUUAAAAAAAAAAAAAUUAAAGGAGCAAUUUUGAAGAGGAAUAAUGUAAAAAGCUCUCUGUCAAUUUGCAAUGGAUUUUUCAGGAAACUCAAGGGACAAAACCACAACAAAGAUGGGAAAAAUGUGUUGAAAGCGCUAUCCAAUUCUUCCCAGAUGCCGUCAGUCGGAUGUACAUAGACCAAUACUUCAGCAAAGAUGCCAGAGAAUAUGUAAUUUAGGCUUCUGAUAAGGCUUUCAUAUUUUUGUCUUUUCUUACUUGUCACUGCUUCUGGGGGACUGAAUAUGCAUGGAUGACAGAUUUUCCCCUAUUUAAGGUUUUUAGUCAGUUGAAUGCAAAAUAUAGUGUAAUUUGUAUAAUAUUUAGACUUGUAAAAACUUACUUUGUUAUAUUUUCAUUUCUAUUGUUGGCUGAGGAAGGCUUUAUGCCGAAACGUCCUUGUUUUUUGUCCUGUUACCUUAUUUCAAGCUUCCACAUACCUCGUUUCACUAUUUCAUUCAUUUACAUAGCUUGAAAGCAGUCCCUUCAUUUAUUAAAAACUUACUAUAGUAUUUCAGAGAAAAAAUUAUUUCAAAAAUAAAUUAAAUAGAUUUAGUAAGUGUACAUAAUAUUUUUUUAUUUAGCUCAAAUCAAUGAUUGUGGACCUCUCCAAUGCAUUCAAAGAACUGCUUGAGGAAAAUACAUGGAUGACAAAAGAUACCAAAAAAAAGGCUGAAGCCAAGGUUAAUAUUUAUAAUACGGGUACAUAAGUUAAAACCUAUAAAGUUAUUUCAAGCAUGUGUGAACUCUAUAGGGAAACAAUUUAAAAUAAGUACGCAAAUGCAUACAUUAAAUUUCUAUUAACAAAUUAAUAUAUAUUUAAAUAAAUUAAAGGUUAAGGUUUUGAGAUGUGUAGUCAAGUGGAUAAUAAAAUCCCAGCUUAUUCCAUGAUAUGCAGACACUUAGAUAUUGCCAUUCUGUGUAGCUAUUUUAAAUAUAAAACAAAAAUUUAUUGCAAUCCCAUUUCCUGUUAACUACUUUAUCUUAAUAGUUGAAAUCAAUGCAGUCUAAGAUCGGAUAUCCUGAUUAUAUACUUGAUGAUAACUGGCUGAAUGGACUUUACAGUUUUGUGAGUAAAACCAUCAUAUAUAAAUUAUUAUAAAUGAAUCAAAAACAGAUACUAAAGAAUUAGGUAUUGAACAGUGCAGUUUAGAAUCUUAAUAAACUUUAUUACAUAGAAUAAUAAAGCAUUUUCAAAAUGUUUGUUCCUAUGAAAAAAGAUUUAGAAGUUAUAGACAACAAUUUUUAAUGGUUUUGAUUUUUUUAUUCAUAUUCAUAGAAGAAAUUAAAAAGGUAAUUCAAAAACAAUGUAUAAGAUUUGAAAGAAAUAAUCUUUAUAUGAUUUGAAGAAAAUAAGAUAGAUGAAACUCAAUAAAUUUUGGAUCAAAAUAAUGACUUCGUGUUGAAUGAAGCUUUGUAAAGGAAACAAAUUAAAACAAAAGAUAAAAUGUUUUGAAAACUUAAAAGAAAUUUCAUUCAUCUCAACACUAAUCUCACUCAAACUUAUAGGACAUGUACUUUGCCAAGCCAUAAUUUUGAUAUUGAAGUUUCUUGGAAAUAUUUUGAAAUUAUUUUCAGAAAAAUCAUGUUGUUAUGUCAGAUGGUCCUUCAAACCAUGUUUAAUUCAGCCCUUCAAUUUUCACAUUCUAUUUAGGUUCAAAAUGAGGAAUCCAAAUUCUUUGAAACAAUAGUAGCAUCAAAUAAAUAUGCAACUCAAGAGAAUGCUAAAAUGCUUAGAGUGAGCAACAAAGACAUGUGAGUGUACAGCAACAGAAGCCGGUGGAUAUGUAGGAAAUGGCAGCUGGUUUAAAUGUUGUCAAUGACAGCUGGUUUAUUUAUAUGUAGGAAAUAACAGCUGGUUUGUUUUUAAGAAAUGGCAGCUGGUUUAUAUGUAGGAAAUGGCAGCUUGUCUAUAUGUAAUCAAUAAAAGGCGGUUUAUAUGUAGGAAAUGGCAGCUGGUUUAUAUGUAGGCUAUGGCAGUUGGUUGAUGUGUAGGAAAUGGCAUUCAGUUUAUAUAUUGGCAAUGGCAAACAGUUUAUAUGUAUUCAAUGGCAGCUGGUUUAUAUGUAGGCAAUGGAAACGCAUUUAUAUGUAGGCAAUGGAGUCUGGCUUUUAUGUAUGAAAUGGCUGCUGGUUCAUAUGUAGGAAAUGGCAGCUGGUGUAUACUAUGUAGGAUAUGGCAGCUGGUGUAUAUUAAGUAGGCAAUGGCAGCUAAUUUAUAUUUAGGAAAUGGCAGCUGGUUUAUAUGUAAUCAUGAAAUCCAGUUUAUAUGUAGACAAUGGCAGCUGGUCUAUAUGUUAUCAAUGAAAGCCGUUUAAUUUAGGAAGUUAAAUUUGGUUUAUAUGUAGGAAAUGGCAACCGGUUUAUAUGUAGGCAUUGGCUGCCAGUUUAUAUGUAGGAAACGGCAGCUGGUUUAUAUGUAGGCAUUGGCUGCCAGUUUAUAUGUAGAAAAUGGCAGCUGGUUUAUAUGUAGUAUUAAUGAAGUAAAACAUUUCUUAUGAAGUUAAUUAAUGUAUGCAUUUAAAGCUUAUAAAAUUAUGUGUAAUUUUUGUUCCCUUUAGUUGGCGAGUGCAUCCUGCAAUAGGCAAUGCAUUUUACGACAGUCUUGGCAAUGAUAUAAGUGAGUAGAGCUAUUUUUAUGUAGGCUUAAUUGUAUUUAACUUUUAUUUGUAUAAAUUCUAAAUCUAUUUUGAGUUAUUUGUACAUUAAAUAGCAUUUAUAAUAAUUGCAGAAAAUUUAUUCAAACCAAGAAAAGAUAUACACAGAAACAUGUUUCAUUAGUUUGGUUUAACAUAUGCACUUAAUUCUGAAUUACACUUUUAAAGCUUAAAGUGAUCUCCAUAAAAAAAAAAGAAGACAUGACACCAUUUUGGCUGACCUCUGUAUCGCAUUUUCUUAUGGCAUCACAAGAAUCAGAUAUUUUAAAUUUAUUGCAAUCUCUUCGUCCAACAAUGGAUUAUUAUUAAAAGUGAAAAUGUAUUUGCAAAUUACUUAUUCACUCCAGGUUUUAAUUUUAGUGACAUUUAGUAAUUACAGCUGAUAAUUUAAUUUAUUGAUUAAAUUUUUAAAAAAGUGAUAUUGAGUGUAACAGGGCUGGUGCUAGGAGGCUGUGGGGUUUAAGGGAAAAUGAUUUGCUUGGGCCAUUGAUGUUAGGGCCUACAUAUCCCUGUUUAAAUGACCUUAAGACAACUCACGGUCAUACUGGUUCUUACUGGUCAUAAUGAUGGGACACAUCAUAUCAUACUGGUUCUUACUGGUCAUAAUUAUGGGACACGUCCUAGUCAUACUGGUUCUAUCUGGUCAUAAUGAUGGGACACGUCAUGAUGGGUAUUUAUAACCUGCUUAGUUUUCUACGUUUCAAUUUUAUUUUAUACUGUAAUUUUAAUUGUCCUGAGCCAAAAUACGCAUUGUGCCUAGAUUUUUGCUUAUCUCAUGGUAUUGAUGAUCUCAAGUAAGUUUUUUAUCAACUUUAAUUUUGAAACAAUUAUUUCUGCACUUGGUAUGGUUACUGGCACUGUUGAGAUUAUUUUGUAAAAGAUUGCACCAUUUGGAAACGAAACUGCCAGUGGUACAAGCGAUUGAUGUUAAAAGCUGUCUGUACUUUUAUGGAAUCAAUUCUCUCAGGACCUUCAGUUCUACUAGUACUAGACUAUCUACUAGCCACAAGAAAAAUGCUAUACUUAAAGAUUCUUUAGGCUUCUUUGUUUCUCGUCUCUAGAUUCAUAUUCAAACACCUCUUUAUUCACCUACUGUGGCGUUCUUUCAACACUGAUUCGAUUCUGAAACAAUUUCCUUUAAAGUUGUCAGUGCUGAUGAAAAGCGUUCUUAUUUGGUUAAGAAACAGAUUAGACCUUGGAAAUUGUAAUAGCUACAGGCUACAUGAAGUUGCAUAGUCUUGUGCCAUUGGUAUGGGGUGUAAUAAGUGAACAAAACAGAUAGGCCAAUUGAUCAUUCUGAACCUCUAGAAUGAUGCUGACUGGAUUUUACAAACUAUGAAUAGAAAAACUGUCUGACUAUAUAAAUAAAGUAUAAUAUUAUAAUGACUCAAUGUGGGGAACUCACAAGUGUCGGGCCUUGGACAGUCACCUCAUUCACCAUCCCCUAGCACCGGCCCUACCUGUAAUCAAUUUUAAUUAUCAAAAAAGCCAUUUAUGCUUAUCUAUAACAAAUAAAUCAAAAGAAGUGUUGUUAUAAAUUCCAAACACCCCUCCCCCCCAUGCAAAAAUCAUUUAAGAAUGACUGAAAAGCAUUUAAAAUAUACCAAACUAAGUUUGUUUAUAAUAUAUUAUCCCCCUUAUAAAUUUAUCCCCGCUUUUCUCCAGUCUUCCCAGCAGCCUUCCUACAGCCUCCGGUCUACAGUCCAGAAUACACCAGGUGAAAUUAGUGAACAUUAUGAAUGAACAAAUUACAAAUUUGAAAUAAUCAUAGUUUUGUUUAUAUGGGUUUCUUUAAUCUAUAUAUAUUUAAUUUUUGAAAUUUUCUUUCAAAAUUAUUUCAUACCCGAGAAGCACCAUUACUGAUAAAACCAUAUAAGGAAUAAGCCAGUCUCGAAAUAAUUUCAAAAAGGUCGCUUUGUUCCAGCCUUCUGAAGUUAGAAAAUGGAAUCAUUCUUACCGCUUAUUAUUUUGUCUCUGUAGCUCUAUGAACUAUGGAGGCAUUGGAAUGGUUGUCGGCCAUGAAAUCACUCAUGGUUAUGACAAUGCAGGUGAGUUAGAGCCCAUUGCUCUCAAGAAACAAAAUCAUCAUUAAAAACAUACUUUUUUUGCAACCAUUUUUAUAAAAACAAUCCGAGGCACUAAUAAACAUUCACUCAACAGCUCUCAACUGUUUGGGGCGACAGCUUCUUACAUGGGCAGGUUGAUAGCUAGAGGGUUUGUUGAUUUCAAUGGUGAGUAGACUGCCCACAGGCAUGAAGCCUAUCAUCAGAUUUUAAGUAGAGCAGUUUGGACUGCCAGUUUAUUUCAGAAGCACUCAGAUCUGUUGCUUUCAUGCACGUAACCCAAAAGAGUACAUGCCCCUGUCAAGAUGUGAAACUAUUCGGCAGUCUACACAAAAUAUAUUUACAAUUUAUAUUGCCUGUGAAUGCAAUAUUUAGAACUAGUGAUGUUAACAAAUAUUCAAAUUGUGGGCAAAACUGCACUUUCAGAAAGAUUAGACUGUUGUGUUUAUACAAAGAUAUAGUUAUAUUCUCACUAGGUACUUUUUACAUUUUGCAUAUUGAAAUACCAAUUGAAGUUGUCAAAUUUGUGAAGGAGGAUUAACCAAUUAAUUAAGCCACUAAUACUACUAAUGUAAACUAAAGAACAGCGGUAUAAAUAAGUUGAUAAAUAUUGUCAAACCAAGUUUUUUUUAGAGUAUAUAAAAAAAUUUAUAGAAAAUUUCAUUGAUCAUUCCUGAUACUUUAUUUGCAUUGCAGCAUGGCUAAGAAUUUCAUUUCAUUUUUAUCAUUUCUGAAAUGUAACACUAUUUUUUGAUGCACAAAUGUAUUUUUUAAUACUCAAGCACUUGCAAUUGCAAUUUCCCCCUGUUAAAAAAAGUUAAGUACAUUUGUCAUCUUAGUAAACAUUUAAUUUUUAUUUUGUCAUGAAAAAAUAGUUAACAUUUUUCUAUUUUGGUAUACAAAUUGUGUUUUUUAAGAAACAUUUUUUUAAAUAAAUGACAAAUUUACUUAAAAUUAAUCUCAAUUUUUGUAUUCUUUGGUAUGUCUAAAACUUAAUAAAUGAUUGCUUAUCAAUAACCUAGAUUUUUUUUAACACUGUGACUUCUUUUAUUUAUUGUGUAUUAUUUACAUUUUUGCUCACCUCCAAAACACUUAUAUAAAAUACCAAUUUGAUGAAGAUUCAUCAGUAUCAUAAUACACUAAUUCAAAAGUAAUGAAAUCUAUGUGAAUUUUCUUUUUGUUUUUAUGGUAGAAAAAUAUAGUGUUCAUUUCAAGUGCUUAUACAGACCCAAGAUGAUUUGUUUACACUAGGGCCCCUUUGAAAUAUUCUGGAUACAUAUUAUUGCAGCUUUAUAGAAAAAGACAUUUACGGGCAGUCUUGAAGACAUUUUAGCCAUUCUAAAUUCAUUUUAAUGUCUGUAUCGAGUAAACUGCCUCUUAACACGACAACAAGCCUUGUUGGCAUUUUUUAAAUCCAAUAAAAGUGGCAUUUUCCAGAUUUUUGGCUGCAACAAUAUUUCACGUUAGUUACAUAGUUACAUAGAUAGUUACAUUUCAAUUAAUUAUCAAAAGAUUUUUCAUCACCCACGUAAUUUUUUUCAAUCCCCGUUGUCAAUAAUGGGUCUUCUAUUUUGUGAUGGGGAUUAAAAUGGUUUUAAUAUAAAUUAACAGUUCAAUGGAUAAAAGUGCAUCAUGCAGCUAACCCGUAAUAAAUAAUACAUAUAUGUUUUAUGGUGUCUGUCAUUUCAAUGCAUGCUCAUUAAUUUAUCAAGGUUCUAGUCAUGGAUUUUCUAUUCCUUUUAUUCAAACAUUACUUUUUGGUACCGGUAGUACCCAAAAGACGCCUAAUGUUAUGUUCAUUGCUUAAUAGUUAUGUGUAAUCGUGUUUAUAAUCACUCUAUUAUGUUUAGUUUUUAUUUGAAUAUUCAUUGCAUGUCUUCAUGAUAAAAUCCCAUUAAUCUGAGUGAAAGUCAAGUAAAAAAAAAAAAAAUCUUUAUUCUUGAGCCUUAUGGCAUCAGAUAUUAUUAUUUAUAAGGCCAUAUGGCCAUCCCAUAAUAACAUUGCUAUUUCAGGUAAUCAAUAUGAUGCCAAUGGUGAGCUUAACAAGUGGUGGGGUAAGGAAGACAUGGCCAACUUCAAGUCUAGAGCUUCAUGUUUUGUAGACCAGUAUGGAUGCUAUAAGUGGGACGGUAACAGUGUGAGUUCACAUAAUGUCUCUUACAAAGCAGUCACAUGACUUUUAGAGGCGCCCUUCAAACUUCUGCAUUAAAAGUUUUAUUAAAUUACAACUUUUGAUCCCUUAAAUAUCCAAGGCUCCCUGCAGCUGCAAGGGGUCGCAAGGCCCAGGUGGCGGCUCUGAUCUCUAAACAAUGAGCCACCUUAUUCUUUGCUGUCAUUGUAUUUAUUCAAGGUGGUCAUUUUGUCAUCAGUUUGUCACUCAAUGAAGGCAAUCCUUUUUGAAAAAUUAAAAAUGCAGGGAUGCAUUUUGGCCCACACCAGAAUUUAGUUUUUCAUCAUUCCACACUUAAUUGGAGAGCAACACGAGAGAAGCUAGGGUAAAUACACAAGUCCCUAUUUAUAUCUUUUCAAAACACUGAGUUGAUUGUAUUCAGUAGAAGUACCACAUUUUGAGAUUCCCUUUUGAUUUUUUAUCUGUCUGUUAUAAAUCAGAUUCCAAUUCUUUUCACAUUUUUUUUUAUCAUUAUUCAUACAGUGGAAUCAAUUCCUAUGUUGUUACCUUAACAAAUAUAAUAAUAAUACUAAAUUCUGUCAGAAAGGCCUGCACAACAUACGGGCUACAUGUGGCCCGCCAGCAUCCACUUCGCGGCCCGCGAAGUAACAAAACAUUCUUUAUUCCCCCUGUCCUAUUUUCUGUUGGCCCGCACAAUUCCUAUUUCCUUUUGGCCCGCACAAGUUUUAUAUAACAGUAGUACGGCCCGCCUUACAUUUGAGUUAUGCAGGCCUGCUCUAAGACUAAUUUGUUUUUCAACAAAUAUUGUCAAUAUACCAGUACAAAUUAUCAGUAAAAAAUAGGCUAGGCUCAUACUACAUUAACUACAUACAAUUAGAUAACAUAUUUCAAUGCAAGGUGAAUGAAUAUUGUAUGUCUUUUGAUAAUUGGUCCAAAUAAAAAGACUAGUGCUUUUUUCGGUCAUUUGAUAAUUGGUGAAAAUAAAUAGUGCUUUUUAAGUUGUUGGAUUUAAAAAUUUAUACUUGGAAAAAAUAAUAUUUCUUGUAAAUAUCCCACUUUUUGCAAUAAUUGUCGCAUAGGGAGCAUUUCCCUCUCUCCCAAGGCUAUGUUACUGACAAUACCCUCCCUCCCUCUUUUCCCAUGCUCUGUUGUUUUGUUUUUGUUCAUUUGCAAUUUAUCAAAUAAAACUGAAAAUAAAUUGACCAAGUUUCAAAUUGUGAAACAGCUUGACGGAGAGAAAACUCUGGAUGAAAAUAUUGCAGACAAUGGAGGCCUGAAACAGAGCUACAGAGUAAGAUAUAUUUAUUUUUAAGUGUUAAAGUUCAAGAACAGAGAGGCCUAUGCCAUUUAUUAUGUUUUCUUAUACUCAUAAAAGAUCUUGUAAGGUAUAAGAGACGAUAUCUUAUCUUCUGUAUGUUUACGUAGUAAAAAUUUAUUUUAAGUUAUUUCAAAGUCCAUGUUUAAAUUUUUAGAAAUUUUUUGGAUAAAUUUAAAAUGGCAUGUAGCCAGGUCAAAAACCCUUUGAUAGGAUGUAGGAAAUAUAAUUUCUUACGGUACCAAAAACCUGUUACCCGGAUAUGUUAUUUUCCAUUAUUACAGGCCUACAGAAACUUUAUCAAAAGAAGAGGAACAGAGGAAACCAAAUUGCCUGGACUCAAACUGAAUCAUGACCAGAUUUUCUUCCUCAGCUUUGCUCAAGUAAUGCUAUUCCCUCAAUCCCUGCAAUGAAGGGAUUUUUACCUUGCAAUAUCAGAAAUGUAGAUUAAGCCAGUAGUUACAAUUGUGCUUAGAUCUUAAGAACAAAGGCCUCAUUUUUAAUAUCAAGUACCACAUAAUAACAAUGGGACCACCAACUACAUCACUGUUUUCAUCUCUGUGAAUAACAAGUUUUGGACAUUUGGUAUCAAGACCUACUUCCAGAAUACAAUGGCUUCAAUUUGUUGGUGAAUUUUGCUCUGAAGUGCUUUUCUGAUAACUAAUAAGACUGUACCUAAGAAAUGUGGGAGUUGAUCCAUUUAAGUGUAUCUAAUGGGCAGUUGAUCAGUUAAAGUCAUUGGAAGGAGGGGGCGGUAUGCCCUGGGUGGCUUUUUUAUUUUAUUUUAAGGGUCAGCAUUGUGGGGCAUCUGCAGAUUUUUUCUGUGAACAGGGACGUCAAAAAUCUUGGCCCACCUUGGGCGGCAACACUACUGGUUAAAGUGUCAUUAUUUGGCAGUUAAUCAUUGAAAGUGUCUAGAAAAAAAAAUUGAUCAGUGAUCAAUAUCAACUAAUUCAAUCAAAAGUUCUCAUUUGACGUUUCAUGACAAUUGAAGAAAACAAUCAGUUUUUUUCGUAGUAGAAAUGUAACAAUCAGCCAAAAGGGAAAUGUAAUUGUUUUCGUUUGAUAACACUGUUACAGGUGUGGUGUGCAAAGAUUCGCAAUGAAGCCAAGCAGAUUAUUUUGGAGAAGGAUAAACAUGCACCUGGUCCAUAUAGGUACGUCUUUCCUUACAUCUGAUUGUAAAAUGCAUUAAAUACAAUCAUUGCAAUGUUUUUAGAAUUUUUACCAUUAAGAACUAUAUUAUAACUUUACUUUUUCAGAGUACUAGGGACCCUACAGAAUUCAAAAGAGUUUGCUGAUGCAUUUAGAUGCCGAUCAGAUAGUCGUAUGAAUCCACUGAAGAAGUGUGUUGUGUGGUGAUUGUGAUGGACACAUAGAGUAGCUAGGAUCAAAACUAUUCUACCUAGGUUUUAUUUUUAUUUAAAUCUUUUUAUUUAGAGGCUAUUCUUUACAAACAUGGAGUUUUUUUCUGUGUAAGGGAAAUACUUUUUAUCAUUUAAUAAAAUUAGGAAAUGUGAAGUUUAUGAAACAUUGUAUUCAUUUUGUAUUAUUUAUUAUAUGACAAUUAUUUUAACAAAUAUUAAAAGUAUAAAAGCCAGUUGUCAUAAAUAAGUUUGGUGCAAAGUAUGUAACCAAGCAAUUAUGGCUUUAUACAAAUGGGUGUAUGAUUUGUCAGACUUUCUAAAAGAUAAGUAGAUUUUGGGUUAAACUAAUUCUUAGAGUUUGCACACCAUAAGCCAUAAGAAAGGGAGAAAGUGUGUGUGAUGUUUUAGGACAUUAAAAUAAUAUCAGGCCAUGUCAUUUGUGCAUAUAUAUUUUGAUAUUUUCUGGGAAAGCAUAUUUCUAAUUGAGGUUAGAUUAUUUAGUCCAGUGCAAUUUGUUUUUAACUAAUUUAUUUUAUUUUUACAGGUAUUAUUUCAAAAAUAUAGUCAAAAUUUAAAGUUGAUCACCUUUCGUCAGAUUAUUUGUGUAAACUGACCAUAAGAUUAGCCAAAAGCUAAUAAAAUUGAUUUAAUUGGUUUUCACCACAUAUUUUAGUUAAAUUUUGAAAUGAUUAAUUUAAUUUUUUUUAAAUUGACACUUUUUUAUAACUGCUUGAAUUUUAACGUUAUCUCGGAAACCUUAACUAGGGAAGCCAUCAUGCUAAAGAGGAAUAUUCGUAUUCAUAAGAAAUGUGUGUGUUUUAUCAUAUAUUUAUAGAUUUCGAUUGCUAAGUGUUUUUUUUCAUAUUUUUAUUUUUCUCUGUUUACAUACUUUCCAGCAGCUUCUUACUUUGUUCAAAUUUUGUGAUUCACAAAAGGCUCUUCCUAUUUGUUGCCAGAUUAACACAACCGCAUGUAUCCCGCCAGAAAUAAUUUGUUUAACCUUAACUUUUGGAAAAAACGUGACAACCUUUCUGAGUUAACAGUGAAUACAUUUAACCAUCCAUGAAACAGUGUGACUAUUUUACAUAUAAAUUGUUUUUAACAAAAUAUUUUACCAUUGCAGUAGCAGACAUCAAGUAUGGUUAUUUUAAAUUUUGUUUUCUAAUUAUUUGUUUUAGACUAUUUUUGGAGCCUUAUUCAUAAUAGCCUGUUAUUUUUAAAAGGCUAAAGAAUUUAAAGACCUUAUUUCAUAGAUGAUGAAUGGCCUCUGAGAGUGAGAUCAAUUUUACACUUAGUAAUAAUAUUAGUAAAUGUAUUCUUAAUUGAAAAGGUUGUGACCCGAGUAUUUGAAUUUUGAGAUUAGAGUAUAACAAUCUGAUAAGUAUAUAUGCCUUUCUUAUAAGUGAUUAAUUUCUUCCUUAAUAAAUUUUGAAGCAUUUUAUUAUUAAGAAAUGCAGGAAAACUUCUUUUUUUUUUUCUUAAAGAAAUGAUACCACUCUAUCCAUUAAUAUAACUCCUUGGUUUAGGAUGUAUAUUAUGAUAUCUGUGAUUUUAUACUUUAUACAACAAAUCUAGUAAAAUUGAACUUUGUUUGACAUUAUUUAUUUCAUUUUGUUGAGCUGUCUCUACAUUAACACUUAUUGUGUUGACCAUUCUCAUUUUUUUUACACUGAGAUUUAUUGAUAAAAUUAUUAUUUUUUGUUUACCAUAUCAUUGUGUCCUGUUUUUUUUUUAUUUUGAAUCUCUGGUUAAACUGUUGUUUAUUCUAUUGUUUCUAUAAACAUACUGUUUUCCAUUCUAUGAUAUGUUCAUUUUGUAACAAGGUAUAGUAAUUUUUAUAUACCUAUAUCUACUUUUUUUAUAAUUGUGUGUCUGCAUGUGAUAAUGUUCAUUUUUUACCAAAAAAAUGGAUUAAACUCUUGAAACUGAACUAAAUAUAACAAUAAAAUAAUUUUAAAAAUCAGCUUAUUCAAAUCAGAUGAUUAUUAUUCAGUUUUGACUGGGUUAUUAUUAUAUUAUAAUCUAAAAAAAAAAAAAUCAUUAUUUAGAUAAGCAGACAAAUAAAAAAAAAAUGUGUGAAUACUUUUACGUGUGUGUAUGUAUGAAUAGUAUGCUAGCUCGUGUGAGCGAGAUGUUUUUAUCAAUAGCCAGCACCUCUAAGUGUCAUACUCCUGGCAUUUCUUAACCAUGUAUCCUUAGUGAAAUAAUCGCUGCACAUUAAUUAACUAUAAUUAUACCAAUUCACUCCUAUUUGUAGCUAAUUUCUUAACAUUUUAAUUUAAACUUUAACUGAUUCUGCUGACAGCAGCAAAAGUUAUGCCAUAAAUUUUGCUAAUGAGCUGAUUACGAAGAUUUAGGUAUUAUGAUGCACCUGUAAACAUUGAACGGUCCCUUUUUUUUUUCUUUAUCUUACAUCUAUCAUUAAAAAAUAUUUAUUCAAAAUUUUUUCUUUUAAAAAAAAAGAAUAUUUUUAAAAGUAGGGGGUAAUGUAAACAUUUUUUAAAGUAUGUUUAGCAAUAUUCUUUGCGCUAUUAUUAACAGUAUACAUUUUGACUUGCUGAAUAGAAAUUAAGAGUAAAAAUAACUAUUCAUGUAUAUUGUUCUAAUCCAUUGUAAGAAUAGAAAGCUCUUUAGCAAACUUUAUGUGCACUAACAUUUGAAUGUGUUCAAAAGAUAUUUGUGCAUGGCCCACCUAGUUUCUCUAGUGUCGUAUUUACAGUAUUAUCUGGCCAAUGGAUCCUCAGAGUGCCUUUAUUACCAUUUAUGCAUUUACAAUUAAAGAAAGACAUAUAGAG